AUGCUUCAUCCAAAUGGUGCUUGGAUGAGUUAUCGAAGAUCAUGGAAUGUCAACUUCAUCUUGGGCAGGACAUCACUCCGUCAGAAGUACGCUACCAGAGAAAUAGUUUUGCUAAAGCCUUUUCCAGGUAUAUAUGAGGAAAAUUUCAAGGGCGACACCAACAAGGUGCUUAACUGGAGGAAAGCUUUAAAAGAAGCAGCCGAUUUGUCUGGCCAUGAUCUGCAUGGCGCUACUUACAAUGGAAACGAGUCUAUAUGCAUUCAACAUAUUGUGAAAGAUAUAUCUAAUAAGUUGAGCCGAAAGUCAAUGAUCAGUGGCACUCUUGUGGGAGCAGAAUCACAAAUUCAAGCUGUACUUUCACUGUUGAUGAUGGAGUGUGAAGAUGUUCGAUUUAUUGGGAUUUCAGGGAUGGGUGGUAUUGGAAAGACCACCAUUGCAAGGGAUAUUUUUGAUAGUAUUUCUCAUCAAUUUGAAGGUGCUUGUUUUGUUGUAAACGUUAAAGAAAAUCAAGCUAAGCUGGGAUUGUUGUCUCUACAAAAGACUCUGGUUUCUGAGGUGUUGACAGUUGAAUCUGUGAAUAUAGCUGAUGAAUAUGGUGGAAUUGAUAUGAUCAGAAAAAGGCUUGGUUCUAAGAAGGUUUUUAGUAGUUCUUGA